UUCACGGGUAGCAUCUCCGCGCAUUCUGACACCCACGAUCCAUCGCCCAUCAUGUCUCUCGUCACGGGAGAGAAGUCGAACUUCCAGUUCAUCCUGCGACUUCUGAACACCAAUGUCGAUGGAAAGCAGAAGGUCAUGUACGCCUUGACCAAGAUCAAGGGUGUCGGUCGACGAUACUCCAACUUGGUCUGCAAGAAGGCCGAUGUUGAUCUCAACAAGCGCGCCGGCGAGCUCACCUCCGAAGAACUCGAGCGACUCGUCACCAUCAUCCAAAACCCGACCCAGUACAAGAUCCCCACCUGGUUCCUCAACAGGCAGCGUGACGUCGUCGAUGGCAAAGACUCCCAGGUCCUGGCCAACGGCGUGGACAGCAAGCUGCGCGACGAUCUGGAGCGACUGAAGAAGAUCCGCGCCCACCGUGGUCUGCGUCACUACUGGGGCCUCCGCGUCCGUGGCCAGCACACCAAGACGACGGGCCGAAGAGGACGGACUGUCGGUGUGUCCAAGAAGAAGGGUUGAACGUCUCAUACUACUGGCAUGGGGAGAUUGGAGUUCGUCUGUUACUGCUCAUGGUGGAUCGCCAAAAAUUAGCAUCAGCACGGUUGUGGACUGGCUAGCCUAUAUAUCGGCAGCCUGCGUACAGUCAAAUCAUGGAUUAAAAUCAAGGGUCAACGGCUUCUGUCAUUGCAUCGUGUGGGUAUCUCAUGACCGUGAUCUACACAUUAACAAGCAGUAUAAUCCUCGUUCAAUCGCCAUCAUGGAUCACUGCCAUAUCCAGCACCUCCGCCCGGGCUUUCCCCUUCGUGUGGCUGCCAAUGAAGUCCGUCAACGUCCUAUAGGCGCCUGGUUCUACGAAACCCACGACCUCCCAGUCAUCCCCCACCACAU